AUGUCCGCGUCGAACUCCGCGCUGGAGGCCACCUCCCCCGGCCGGGCUGAGGCCUUGCCGCUGGCGGAACGCUCUGAGGAGAGCUUCUUUAACCGCGUGUCAGCAAACCUCUCGGCGUACGCGCUCGCCUGCCAGAACGUCUCCUCCGUUGCAGACUGGAUGCAACUCAACAGCAGAUACCUGGGAUCUAGCAUCCUCUACACAGACGAAAUCAGCACCGGGCUCAUCUUUGGAUACUGCGCAGGCUACGCCAUGAACCGCGCCCUCAGAUUCGGCGCCCUCCUUUGCGGAAUCGGGUUCAUCUCCCUCCAGACUCUAAACCACUACGGCUACAUCAAAGUGAACUGGAAGCAGGUGGAGGCGGAUCUGAAGAAGCCGCUGGACGUUAACGGCGACGGCAAAUUCGAUCAGGAGGACAUUGCCAUCAUCAAGAACUCCUUCAUGCGCAUGAUGGCGCAGGGUCUGCCGUCCACUGCAGGCCUCUCCGUUGGCCUUCUGUACGGCCUGCGCUCUUCGCGGUAG